AUGACCCGGCUCACUCUACUGGCCGCUCUCUCCACGGCUUGUGCCACGGCCUCCGGUCUUGUCCCGCGACAGACCGUCCCGAGCAACGAAACUGGCGCCGCCGUCCCUACCGUCCAGGUCAAGAACGGCUCGUACUACGGCAUCCACAGUCAGGCUUAUUAUCAGGACUUCUUCCUCGGUAUCCCCUACGCUCAGCCCCCGGUGGACAGCUUGCGCUUCCGCGUUCCCCAGUCGUUGAACUCAGCCUGGAACAACACUCGCAAUGCGACCGAGUACUCUGCGCAGUGUUUCGGCUACGGCAGUGAUACCUGGGUCCUGGGUAACUACGUCUCGGAAGACUGCCUGACCAUCAACGUUGUCCGCCCUUCCGGCGUGAGCGCCGAUGCCAAGCUCCCUGUCGCUGUAUGGAUUCACGGUGGCGGCCUGACGAACGGAGGGAGCUCCGAUCCGCGCUACAACCUCUCCUUCAUCGUCGAGCAGUCUGUCCGCAUGAACACCCCCUUCAUUGCCACCAGCAUCAACUAUCGCCUGCACGCAUGGGGUUUCCUGUGGAGUGACGAGAUCAAAGCUGCUGGCGUAGGAAACCUCGGCUUCCGUGACCAACGUCUCGCUCUGCAAUGGGUUAACGAAAACAUCGCAGCCUUUGGUGGCGAUCCGGAGCAGGUUACUUUGUGGAGUGAGAGCGCCGGAUCCCGUAGUGUUGGCACGCAGAUGCUGGCUUACGGAGGCCGUGACGACGGACUCUACAAGGCCGCAAUCCUGCAGAGCGGCACUGGUCUUGAGACCGACUUUGGAGAGGUCGAGCCAACUACCAACACCUGGCAGGAUUACUACGACACCCUCGUCAACAAGACGAACUGCACCUCUGCCGCGGAUACCCUCGACUGCCUCCGCGGUCUGCCGGCAUGGGAUUUGAGCGACAUCAUCAACGGUACUUCCAGCCCCUCCUUCAACGGCAUGGCAGAUGGCGAUUUCCUUCCUGCCCCGCGUUCAGAGCUCAUCAACGCUGGCAAGUUCGUCCACGUCCCCAUACUCAUCGGCGCAAACUUUGAUGAGGGUACUCAGUUCGGCCAGAAGGGCAUCAACACUACUGAGCAAUGGGAAUCCUACCUCCGUGCCCAGGGCGCCAACAACGUCACCAUCGAAGUACUCUCUGCCUUGUAUCCCGACAUUCCCCGUGUCGGUCUCCCAGCGACUCUCGAUGGCCGCCCGACUGGCGACCAGGCUUCUUUGGGCUACAUGUACAAGCGUGCCGUCGCCUUUGGCGGUGAUCGCGCCCAGCACGGCCCCCGGAGAUACUGGGCUCGUAAGUGGGCCGAGGCGAACCAGACGGUAUACUCGUACCACUUCAACGUGCUUGUUAAUGGCAUGACGCCUGCCGACGGCGCAAAGCACUUCCAGGAGGUUGUCUUUGUGUUCGAUAACACCGAUGCUGUGGGCUACAAGACGGCCGUGGCCGUGGACCCGUUUGAGGGCAAGCCCGAGACGUUCAAGACUUUGGCUGAUAUGAUGUCGAGGAUGUGGGUGUCCUUCAUCACCAAGGGAGACCCGAACUACAACGGCGUUACCAACACUACUUGGCCCAAGUACGAUGUUGAGAACCCUUACAACAUGGCUUUCGAUGUCAAUGUCACGGACAUUGCUUACCUUGAGCCCGAUACCUACCGCACUGAGCAGAUCGAGUAUCUGAUCCAGAAAUUGUGGACAUAA